CAGAGUAGUAAAUUAUUCUGUUGCUGUUUUAAUUUAACAGUUUACCCAACACCUUCAUUCAAUAAACUAUUGUACAUACAUAUUUAUAUAUUUAUAUAUUCACCCACACUUACACUUACUCAUCACUCUAAAAAGAUAAAAUGUCCAAUUGUGUUUUUUUAUAAAAAAUGCUUUCCAGUCAUAAAUAAUCAACUGAUUUAAUUUUAAUUUUUCUAUCAAUACAUACAUAUAUACAUUUUUAUACUUAUAUACAUUUUUAAUUACAAUUACCAUGGCUAUGAAAAUAUUGCUGCGCUUGGAAAUUAGAAAAUUAUCUGGAGCACAACAUUUUAGCACAAAGCCAAAGCCAAAAUUCGGUUUAAUAUUUGACAUAGAUGGUGUGAUAGUACGUGGAAAAACUGUCUUGCCACCGGUGCCCGAAGCGUUCAAACGUUUGAAAGACAACGAUGGAAAAUUCCGUAUCCCUACGAUAUUUGUAACGAACAGUGGGAACUCCUUGCGCUCUGAAAAAGCUGCCGACUUGUCUAAAUGGAUCGGCUACGAAAUAACUGAAGAUCAAGUGGUGCUGGCUCACUCGCCACUUUGUUUGUUCAAGCAAUUCCACGAUAAACGGGUCCUAAUUUCCGGCCAGGGCCCGAUAAAACAAAUCGCUGAAGAGCUGGGGUUCAAGAAGACGGUCACCGUUGAUGAGCUGGCUAAAAAUUUUCCUAGCUUAGAUUACGUUAAUAAAGACCGUAGGAAUCCGACUUGCGGGCCAGUAGACCCUGACUUUAAGCCAAUUGAGGGAAUUGUUCUGCUGAGUGAACCCACGACCUGGGAAACUCCGCUUCAAUUGAUGGUUGACGUCUUGAUGACCCAAGGAAUGCCCUCGUCGUUACCAUCGGAAAUUCCUUACCCUCAUUUGCCGAUCCUCGCUUGCAAUAUGGAUUUGCUGUGGGUCUCAGAGGCUCCGAUCCCUCGCUACGGGCAUGGCGCUUUCCUCGUUUGUCUCGAGUCUUUGUAUAAAAAAGUUACUGGCAAGGAUUUAAUUUAUAAUGCGCUGAUUGGUAAACCUAGUGAAGUUACUUAUUAUCACGCAAAUCAUAUGAUUAUGAACCAUGCUAAGAAAAUUGGAAUCGAUCAUAAUAUCGAUACUAUUUACGCUGUCGGUGACAACAUAAAUACUGACAUAUUUGGCGCAAAUUUGUACGACAAAUACUUGGCAAGAUAUUCAAAAGGCAAAGCAACAAAGUCUCGUGGUCUGGAAUCGUUGCUGGGUACUAAUUUAGUUGCACCGAAUGUUAAAGCGUGUAUCAGUAUUCUGGUGGAGACUGGGGUCCAUAGAAGGGAUUCAGAGUUCAUUGCUGAACAUUGUCCACGUGAUUUUUUGCCACUGGAGAGUGGACUUGCACGCCCGGCUUUCGUUGUCAAAGACGUCGGCGAGGCGAUUGAUCUCGUGUUGAAAGAAGAAAAAAUAGAUCAAGAUUAAUCAUAAUAAUUUUCUAGGGUAAAAUAUUUUACAAUCAUGUUGAUAAAUUUUUUUAAUCGAAAUCGAUAUCGAGUGUUCAGAGUACAAAAUCCUCUUCUUUAUUAAAACAUCGAAUCGACUGGUGCGAAAAUUUAAAAUUUUAUUUUAAUUUUUUAAAUUUGUAAAUACAUCACUUGUAUCUGAAUAUUAGCAAUAAUUAUGUAGAUUCGAUGCCGUUAUUAGUCAAAAGAAUUUAUUAAUAAUAAUAAUAGUAAAAAGAAUCAAGUAGUGAUUUAUAAAUAAACUUAUAAUUAAUCUGAUAAAUUUAAAAAAAAAAUAUGUUCAAGUUACUACGCUUUAGUAGUAUUCAUUUUGAUUGAUAUAUUUUUUUUCGCAGUAAAAAUGCGAUUUUAUUUUAUUUAUAAACGGACAACUAUACAUUAUAUACAGAAUACAUAUAUUUUUUUAUAAAAAAAAGUAAUUAAUAAAUAAUAAUGAUUAUUAAAGUUGUAAAGAUAUUUUUUGGUAGACUGUACAUAUAAUGGGACGUAGAUCGUCCGGUGUCUUGCCAUAAAUAAUUAGAAUACCUCAUUGUUAUAUUAACAAUUUAUCUGUUUAAAAUAAUUCAGUAGGGAGCCAGGAACAAAAUGUAAAUGAAAAUUAAUUAAUUGAUUAAACGAAGAAAAAAAAACAG